AUGUCUACCUGGAUCCAAGACUGUGUCAAAAACCAUCAAGGGUGCUCGAAACCCGAGAAAAGCUUUAUGCCAACACGUCUGCUUGACGUGCAAGCAGUUCGCGGAUCCAGAGACACCAAACUAGUGACGCUUACUGGCCAUGAUGUUAUCAGCUCCUAUGUGGCCUUGAGCCAUUGCUGGGGACCACCUUCGAAGCGCCCGAUGAUUACUACAGCCGCCAAUCUUGCGAUCAACAGGCGGCGCAUCUCCUUUUACGAUCUUUCAUUGACUUUCAAAGAUGCGGUCAAGCUUACAAUAGAUCUCGGUGAGAGAUACUUGUGGAUUGACUCCUUGUGCAUUGUGCAGGACGAUCCAGAUGACUGGCUUCAUGAGGCUGGCAAGAUGUCGGCGGUGUACGGGAAUGCGGUAUUCACGCUCUCGGCCCUGAGCUCCAGUGACAGUACUCAGGGCUGUCGCGUGGCCAAUCCCAGGGCGAUAACGCACGAACGCCGUUUCUUCGACUUCGACUCCGGUCCAUAUCGCAUACGCGUGUUCGAGAAAGAAAUUAUGAAAUGGCAUCAGGAAUACGGUGACGACACAUAUCGGCACGGCGAGCAUGGGCCAAAUCCUCUACGUGGACGAGCGUGGACUCUACAGGAACGAGAACUGUCAACGAGAAACAUAUUCUUCUCUCAAAAUCUCGUGCUCUGGGAAUGUAAAGAAGCGAAAGGAUCAAGUGAACUACCAUGGCAUCAGGUCAAGCCCCUUGACGAUUUUCGCCCUUGGUCAAUGAGAAACGUUCUUGGAGAGGGCGUACUUCCAGAUGGUCCGGUGGCAUUGAGAGACCGAUGGUACGAACUCAUGGAAGACUACAUGUCGCGCCACCUCACCCAAGGUUCCGACAAACUCCCAGCGCUGGGUGGUCUUGCUCAAAACUUCCAGAAGAAACUUCCCUCGAGCGAUUACCUGGCUGGCAUCUGGACUGAACACUUGCCGCAAGCCUUACUUUGGCGGAUGACUGACGCGAGCAAUGCACAAAGAUCCACGACAUAUCGAGCUCCUAGCUUCUCGUUCCUAUCGCUCGACGGACCCAUGAGCUAUGAGAGCCAGAUGUUGACGAAUUACGGCGUGGGAGAUCGGUGGGAAGAUGACCGAAGGGAUUUUGCGUCUACAGAUCUGGAGUUCCUAAGUUCCAGUAUUGAGCUCAACGGGGUAGACCGAUUUGGAGCCAUACGCCGAGCAUCGCUUGCGUUUCGUGGGCGAAUGUUACAAGUCAGACUCAAGCUUCGAGACGAAGAAGAGGACAAUGUUCACCAGUGGAAUGUACUCGACACGUCCGAUGGCUCCAUGUCAGGCGCUUUCUUCCCAGACGUCGGAGGAGAGUUUCUUGCAGAUACACCUGCGUGGUGCAUAGCUGCACGUCCUGAGCCAGAAGAAAGUUAUAUCCCAAUUCCAUAUUUGAUAUCUGAGAGGUUGGGUCCCGAUGCUGCGUUGGUCAUGGGCCUUGCAUUGCAGCGGGACGACGGGAACGUCGACAUAUUCAGGCGUGUGGGACUGAUUCGGUGGAUGAAGCGUUCCGCAUUUUACGGUGUCAAAUUGACCAAGUUCGCUAUGGUGUAA